CGGUAUCGCCGCUUGGAGACCACCUCUGAUGGAGCUUGCACUUUUCUCCCUCCUUGCGCCCAGCCUCUUCUCGCCUCGCACCCCAGCUUCCUAGUCUUGGAAGACGGGAGCGUCCUCUUCCUUGUUCCAGCCCCUCAAAUUCUGGCAUCGAAAGAGUUGAACGGCAGAGGCCGGAAGUGUGUGCAGCACCUGCGGGUCCCCUGCAAAUCGACGCCGGAAGUAGUAAUUGCUGGAGAAACAGUCCGCUGGGUUCAUUAUGGCGGCAAUUCCCCCAGACUCCUGGCAGCCCCCCAACGUUUACUUGGAGACCAGCAUGGGAAUCAUUGUGCUGGAGCUAUAUUGGAAGCAUGCGCCGAAGACCUGUAAGAACUUUGCUGAGUUGGCUCGUCGAGGUUACUACAAUGGCACCAAAUUCCACAGAAUCAUCAAAGACUUCAUGAUCCAAGGAGGUGACCCCACAGGGACAGGUCGAGGUGGUGCAUCUAUCUAUGGCAAACAGUUUGAAGAUGAACUUCAUCCAGACUUAAAAUUCACAGGGGCUGGAAUUCUCGCAAUGGCCAAUGCAGGGCCAGACACCAACGGCAGCCAGUUCUUUGUGACCCUCGCCCCAACACAGUGGCUCGAUGGCAAACAUACCAUUUUUGGCCGAGUGUGCCAGGGUAUAGGAAUGGUGAAUCGAGUGGGAAUGGUGGAAACAAACUCCCAGGACCGCCCUGUGGACGAUGUGAAGAUCAUUAAGGCAUACCCUUCUGGAUAGACUUGCUGCUGCCUUCUGAGAUGGCCCCGGCGAACCAGCUUCCAGAUGACCUAAAAUGACAUGUCACACUAAAGUUCAUUUUGGCCUUGCAAAUCAUAGAGCCAAGGAAGCCUAGGGUAUUGGGUGAAUUAGAGAUGGAAGUAUACUUUAAUAGGAUUCUUCUUUUCUCUUCCCCCAGCACCUAGGUUGACAGGGCAUUUGCAGAAAUGCCCAUACAUGUUUAUCCACAGGUUACUGUUCUCUGCAAAUGACCCAUAAUGCACCUCCUUGUGUGUGUCUGCUGUGAGAUACUUGGAACAAAAUGAAGCAGACUCUGUCAUUUCACAGUGCCUACCCAAACUUCUUGAGGAGAUUUAUAUUCUGGCCUACACUGCAAUCUUUGGUGGCUGACAGCCACAGAAUUCAAAACCAGAUAAGUGUCUAUCAGCCCUUUUAACUCUGUGCACACCCUAUUUCAGUCUCCUGCUUUUGUUCUUCUAGGGAACGUAUGCAUCUCUAUAUAUAUUUUCCCACUCAAAACCAGAACAUCGACACUGCUGUUUCUGACACUUAGACAUCCCACGCAAAGCCACAUUGAAUUUUUGCCAAAUGAAAAACACAUCCAACAAUCAGUCUCUGAGAAGGUGUCAAGUGGGGAAUGAUAAUGUGUAAUAAUCGAGAAAUGAAUUUAUUAAAAGGAAGCAGAAGCCUUGACCAUUUUUCCCAGGGAGGAGAAGAAAUACAUAAUGAGUGCAAGGACAGACUAUGAAUUCUCCUUAAAAAGCAGUAUUCUCAUAAAGGAGAAGCACCACUUAGGUUUUUUUAACCUAAGACUUUAGAGAAAUUAGAUAAGAGAUUUUUAUACAUUAAGGUUUGUUACUUUUUUUAAAUCUUUUUGGAUUUUCAGGAGAGGAGUAGGGGUAAGAGGAAGGAAGUUAAUACCUACGUAAUAUAUAGAAACUUCUAAAAUAAAAUGCCAUUGAUGGUUGAAAU